AUUCGUGACGUGCGUCGCCCGGGAGAUGCGUGGCCCGAGCAUCUUUGGGACGCCGCGAAGACUUGAUGCUGCUGGCGAGGCUGCGCUGGCUUGAAGGGGACGCCUCAAAACGGCACGGAGCGGCGCGGCGCGGCGCGGCACGGCACGGCACGGCGGCUUGAAAAAUCCACACCCGCCUCCCAUCUGACAAAAAGUGGAGGUGUUGAAAGCCUUCCCUGUGAAAAUGGUCACUAUUGAAGGGUUUUAUAAUAGUUUGCCAUCAUUCUUUUCAUAGUGGCUUUGUUCGUGUAUCUCGGUUGGAAUGAUUUGUUUCGGCUUCAGUUCAAUUGAGUUUUUGGUAGAUUUACUAUGCGAGUUUGAGUUGUUUUAUUUAGCCAUGCACCCGCAUAUGCACAGCAACACGUUUUCUUGUCCUGCAGCGCCCUCUGUAGACUUGCCGCGGCACUGCUUCGGCGUGGCAGCGCGGUGACGUGCGUCUGUCUGUCCUCCAAGUUCGCGAGCUUCCGCCGGCGCCUCCUCGCGUUCCAUCUGUGGUGACCUGACCACAGUGGAGUCGCUCCGGGCCGGCUGGGCGUGGAAGUGUUGUGACGAUGUCCGCUUUGUAUCGCUUGGUGACGCGAGUGACGCGAGCCGGCAGCACUCGUGAGAGAAGUCGCCGUAAUCGUCCAAAGCUCAGCUCGCUUGUCGCCUCCUCCACAUGACUUCCUUGACGCUCUUCCCUCCUUACCCCAUCUAUUUCUUCGACCAGCCUGCACCACCGCGAAGUAAGAAGGGCAAAGUUGCCACUGCGGGGAAGGAAAAAAGGGCUGAAAAUGGCAAACAAUUGAAGCUCCUGAAAAAAGUCAAGAGCGACUGUCUCGCCGAGACCUCGGCCAACGAGGAAACGUGCGAAGAUGAGUCGACGGACGACGAGAGCGAGGACCCGCUGGCCAGCCAGAAGCGGGCCGCCCCCCGCCUGCUGAACGAAUUGGGCCGCCUGCUGCACCGCCACCGGGGCGCCUCCCUGCAGGUGGGCCACCUCCUCAACUACUCGGCCGAGGCGGCGCUCAAGCCCCCGCCGGCCAAAGAUGCGGCCCCGCGCAGGGCGGCCAGGAGGAAAAAGUCCCCCAAGAAAAGCUUCAAAGCAGACCAAGACGCAACAGAUGACGAUGCCGCCGCCGCCGAUGAAGCAUCCGCCGUCAGUCCCACGCCGACGGACGAGAUGAUCUCCGGCGGCGGUCAAGAUCCAGAUUGGUUGGCUUUGCCGCUCCAGGCCUUGGGUGAAGACACGCCUCCUCCCAGGGGUUUGUGCCAGUGGGUGGUGGAGCGACUCCAGGCCAGCAACAGUUUGCACAUCAAGCGGCGAGUGUUGGACCAGGUGCCGAGUUCUCCCAUCCUCCGCCACUACGUGGACGCCAAGGCCGGAAUGAAGAGCCGGAGCGUCUUAAGCGCGGCCAGCGAAGCCGCCGAGCCCACGCCUCGGCGGACGCCGUCGCUCAAGAAGCUCCACUGCAGGUCCACCGACGGAACCUCCUUCAUCUACUACCCGUCGGGCAACAUGGCCGUCUGCCACAGCCCCUCGGCUCUCCCGGCGGGGGGCUUCUGCACCAACGUCUUUGCCGACAGCCACGCGUCGGCGGUCUUGGCCACCGUCACCGCGUUCGGCCACGGUUCCGCCUCGCACCCCGUCAGUUUGGCCCUGUGGGACCGGCACGGCGGCUUCAUGUGCGACUGGGAAGGCAACCUCAAGAAGGAGUGGUGCUGGAAGACGGACCGAGAACAGGACAAGAUUGUGGUCAAGCUGGCAAAGGGCAUCUCGCUGCGUCUGUUGAGCGGCACGUCGGCUGUGCUGUGCUUCAAGUGCGAAGACAACAAAGUCCAGCUCCCUCUCUCGGCCCUCCCCUACUCGGCCAAGGAAGCGGAGGCCGAGCAGAUGUUCCCGGAGGCGUCGGCGGGGACCCUGUCGGCGCGAUGGACCAAAGGAUGCCACGGUACGGGCGAGCUGACCAAAAUGCGCAAAAAAGUACGAGACAUCCUGGACGCCUGGCUGGACUUGUAUUGCAGCGCCACCGGUAUGAAGCGCAGUGAGAAAAAGCCCAAGACCCCCAGGGGCAAGCACAAGAGGCGGGCGCACGCGUCGGCACCGCCCGCCAAGAAGUCACCCGAGCGGGUCCACGGCAAGCCGGCCAAGACCAAAGAGAACGCGGCGGCGGCCAAACUGGAGUCGCCCGGCAAGAAAGCGCCGCGGGAAGCCCCGCCCAAGACCAGGGUACCCGCCAAGAACACCAAGGAGCACAGUAUGGUCCAGAUCGGACCCCUUCGCAUCCUGGGAAACAUCAAACAGGAGUUGGUGAUCCUUCCCGACCAUCCCGACCUGCGUCUGGCGGCCCUGCCCCGCUUGCCCGUGCGGUGUCGGCUGGCGCCGUCGGUGCCGCUCACCGUCUGCCCCCUGCUGCUGCGGGCGGCCCUGCUCAAGCAGCUUACGGGCCCCGCCCCCAGGAGGUGCCGCUGCAGCACGGCGCUGAUGCCCGUGCUGCUGGACGCGGAGUACGACGCCUUCGUCACGGGCCAGCCGCGGCACAGCCAGCAGAUCCUGGUGGUGGUGGUCACGCUGCCCGUCAAACCCGGGUCGGCGCCGGAGCAGGACGCCGUCCAGCAGCUCUACCGCAAGUGCAACCGGAGCCGAACCAUGCCCUGCGCUCAGGUAAGCCGGACCGCACCGCACCAUGCCUUGGAGGCGCUUCCUCCCGCUCUUAAUUGGGGGCCGGGCCGGGCCGUUCAGUGCCAGAUGGACUCCUUUCGCCUGCUGAGGUACGAGGUGUCCACGGGGGCCCUGGGCUGCCCGGUGGACAACAUUCUCCUGCAGCAUCGCCACAACGUCGCCGCCGGCAUGAUCCUGAUGUACAUCCGAGGGCGACUGAUGUUUUUGGGCUACGUCUCCGGCGGUCGCUCCACCUUCUCCGUCUUGGACCUUCAGAAGCAAAUUUUGAGAACCAGGGAGGACUACAGGAUGGGUGUCAGCCUCCCUCCCGAUUACAAAUUCAGCAAGAGCGUAAAGGUCAGCAUGAGCGCCCCGGAAGCCUCCAACGCAAAUAAAGUGGACGAAUCGGCGCUGGCGCUCGCCAACAACAUGGCAGCGGCGGUGGCGGCGACUCACUCGCCGGACAAAGACUACGUCGCCGACACGUGACGGACUCGGAGGAGGCGACGUCCUGCCCAAUGAGGAGCAAAAAUGGAGCUUGGGAACGACUUUUGAACUUUUGGUUGGGAAGAGCAGCAUGGCAAUAAAUGUCUUUUCCCUCCAACGUU